AUAAUGUCAAAUUACUAUCAAUUUGAGCAACAGCUGCAGCCAAAGCAAAGCAGUGGUUUGGUCAUUUCGUUUUAGAAAGUAGAUUUUAAGCUCAGUUUUUUUGUAAUUUUAUAAUACAUACUUGACAAAAAAACUUGCCAUAAUGUCGGAAAAUAGUAGUCCUUUCAAAUAUUUCAUCAGUGGCGGAUUUGGUGGUGUGUGUACAGUUCUCGCAGGGCAUCCCAUGGACACCAUAAAAGUUAGAUUGCAAACUAUGCCACUUCCCGCACCAGGGGAGACCCCCUUGUACACUGGUACUUGGGAUUGUUGUAAAAAGACGAUCCAAAAGGAGGGUUUUCGCGGUUUAUACAAGGGUAUGUCUGCGCCACUAACUGGAGUUGCGCCAAUUUUUGCAAUUAGUUUCUUCGGUUUUGGUCUCGGUAAAAAAUUAAUUAAAGGUGAUAGCGAGGCCCCGUUGACGAAGACUGAACUAUUUGCGGCGGGCGCUUUUUCUGGGAUCUUCACUACGUCCAUCAUGGCUCCAGGAGAACGCAUAAAAUGUCUGCUGCAAAUUCAACAAGGCGGUGGUGCACCUCAGAAAUACAAUGGCAUGGUCGAUUGUGCCAGGCAGCUAUAUGCAGAGGGUGGAAUAAGAAGUAUAUACAAAGGCAGUGUGGCCACCAUAUUGAGAGAUGUGCCAGCCAGCGGGAUGUACUUCAUGACUUAUGAAUUGGUAAAAGAAGUUCUUGUUCCUCAAGAUGCUUCUAACAAGGUUAAAAUGUUUGCUACAAUGGUGGCAGGAGGGUGUGCUGGUAUAGCUAACUGGCUGGUGGGCAUGCCGGCUGAUGUUUUAAAGAGUAGAUUGCAGACUGCACCUGAAGGGACAUACCCCAAUGGAAUGAGAGAUGUGUUCAAGCAAUUGCUAGAGAAGGAAGGUCCAAUUGCAUUGUACAAAGGUGUCACUCCAGUGAUGAUUCGGGCUUUCCCAGCCAAUGCAGCUUGUUUUGCAGGCUUCGAACUUGCUGUGAGUGUCCUGAACUGGAUUGCUCCAGGACUUUGAUAUAUUUAGCAGUUUGUAUAGAAAUAUUCAUAUUGUCAGUAUGUUUAAGUGUAAAUUUAGAUAGUCAAAAGAUUAUAUCUGUUGAUUGUCAAUUGCUACUUUAAUCAACAAUUUUUUUAAAUAUUUUUUCCAUAUACAUGACAAUUUAGAUUUUAUAAUAUUUUAAAACGAAGCGCAAAUCAAAGUACUUUGCUAUGUACAUAAACAUAUUUUAUCAUAGAAUGACUAGCUUCUCAAAGAACAUAUAAUUUUAGUUGUGUAGAGGAGGGCAAGGAGAUGACGGAACAAGAACAAUACUGUUAACAUCCUGAAUCACAUAUAAACAGUUAUUUGUUAAAUAAUUGUGAUAAUAUUAAAUACAGGAAUGAUAGUGUUGUAAUAAUGCAAAAGUAUUAAAUAAUAUAUUUUGUC